AUGGAAGGGCGAGGACCGUACCGGAUCUACGACCCCGGGGGCAGCGUGCCUCCUGCAGAGGUGUCUGCAGCCUUUGAGCGCCUAGCGGAGGAGAAUUCCCGUCUGAAAGAAAAAAUGCAGGGGAUAAAGAUGUUAGGGGAGCUGUUAGGAGAGUCUCAGAUGGAAGCUUCUAGGCUUCGGCAGAAGGCAGAGGACCUGGUGAGAGACAACGAGCCCCAGUCACCAUCCCCCUCCUUGACCUCAUUCGACCACCUGGAUGAACUCACAGGAAAGGCUGCCCAUGGCCCUGCACCUCCUGCUGAGCCCUUGCACCCCAGUGACAAGCCAGAGCCAACCCCUAAACCACCGUCUGGUGGCUCUUCUUCGGAAUUUGAAGUGGUCCCAACUGAAGAGCAGAGUUCACACCCAGAGAGCAGCAGCAGUGCCGGGCCAGCCAUGAGACAGAGAGAAACUGAGGGAGGAGGGGAGAUAGAGAGGAAGAAAGAGAGAUACCUGCAACACUGCUUCACCACUUGUGAAGUUUCCCCCCUGCAGGCUCUGGGCCCCCCUCCCCGUGAGGACAGUGGCCUGCUGCUGCACCUGCAGCGUCUGGAAUCCACACUGAGCGUGUGUGCUGAGGAGCCUGACCACAGCCAGCUCUUCACCCACCUGGGCCGCAUGGCACUUGAGUUCAACAGGCUGGCCUCCAAGGUGCACAAGAAUGAGCAACGCACCUCCAUCCUGCAGACCCUGUGUGAGCAACUGCGGAAGGAGAAUGAGGCACUGAAGUCCAAGCUGGACCAGGGCCUGGAACAGCGGGAUCAGGCUGCUGAGAAGCUACGGGAGGAGAACGUGGAGCUGAGGAGGCUGCUGAGCAGCAGCAGAGAGCCCUCCGUUUCAAGCAAGAAGGGAGUGGCCGGACACCUGCAGGCUGCUGUGACCUCAGCAAAGGCCUCAGAGGUGGUGCCCAUGGGUGUAGCAGAGAAGAAGGUGAAGAUGCUGGAGCAACAGCGCUCUGAGCUGCUAGAGGUGAACAAGCAGUGGGACCAGCAUUUUCGAUCCAUGAAGCAGCAGUAUGAGCAGAAGAUCACAGAGCUGCGCCAGAAGCUGGCUGACCUGCAGAAGCAGGUGACUGAGCUGGAGGCAGAGCGGGAACAGAAGCAGCGUGACUUUGACCGCAAGCUCCUGCUGGCCAAGUCCAAGAUUGAGAUGGAGGAGGCAAACAAGGAGCAGCUGACCACAGAGGCCCAGGAGCUGCGCCAGAAAGUCAAAUGCCUGCAGGAUCAGCUGAGCCCACUCGCUCGGCAGCGGGACUACCAGGAGAAGGAGAUUCAGAGGCUUAACAAGGCCCUGGAGGAAGCACUGAGCAUCGAGGCGGCUCCAUCAGCCCCACCGGCAGCCUUUGGGGGUCCAGAAGGAGCAGAGGGCCUCCUUCGCAAGCGGGAGUUGGUCACUCAGAAUGAACUGCUGAAGCAGCAGGUGAAGAUCUUUGAGGAAGACUUCCAAAAGGAGCGCAGCGACCGAGAGCGUAUGAACGAGGAGAAGGAGGAGCUGAAGAGGCAGCUGGAGAAGCUGCAGGCCCAGGUGUCCAUGUCAAAUGCCCAGUUGAAAGCAUUCAAGGAAGAGGAAAAGGCAAGGGAAGCCCUCAAACAGCAGAAGAGGAAAGCUAAGGCAUCUGCAGAACGGUACCACAUGGAGCCCCAUCUGGAGCACCUCUGUGGGGCCUACCCCUAUGCCUACCCGCCCCUGCCUGCCAUGGUGCCACACCACCCCUUCGACGACUGGGCCCAGAUUCGCUACCCACCAUCCCCCAUGGCCAUGGAGCACUCGCCCCCACUACCCAACUCCCGCCUCUUCCACCUGCCGGAGUACACCUGGCGACCACAAUGUGGGCUGCGUCACCAGAACUCCCAGGUGACAGACUCACCUACGACUCGACCUACAGAGCCAGGGUCCACAAAAAAUGACCAUGAGGGUCCUCAGUGAGACCAGAUCACAUCACGUGGCUCCAUCUUCGUCUUGCAGAGCCAGCUGACCUCAGAUCUCCGAAAAAAUAGGGGCCAUGCCUCACUGGACAGGAGUCUGCAGCGGGUACAGCUUGUGCUUGGUGACCUGAACUGCUCUUGACCAGGGGACUUUCCAGAUGUCCGUCCUGCCUCCUUGGAGCACCUGGGGAAACUCACUGCCUGCUGAGUGGGAGGGUCUUCACCCUGCCAGCAGUUUUCUGAGGGAAAUCUGUCUCAGGAGUGUGGCACAGAACCUUCCUCCCAGCCCUCUGGAGUGGUCUCUUCAGGGGUGAGCUCAAAUUCUUGUGUGUGUUUUGUUUCUGCUUCUAGCUCUAGUAGCAGGACCUGCCCCAGCCUAUCCCACACCUGUGAGGAGCUGUUGGUUUGCCUCCUGGACAGCAGAGCACAACAAGGCAACCCCACCACAUAAGGACCAAGGGGCCUUGCGGCUGGGGGCCUGCAGUGCCAGAAGCUAGGACUGGGCUGGCACAGUUGUUUGCACAGAUCUUGGACAUAAAUCCAAGUUGAAAAAUUA